AGCCGUGUGCCCUGGCACCGAGCAGCCGCGGCCAUGGCGUACGCCUAUCUCUUCAAGUACAUCAUCAUUGGUGACACAGGUGUUGGCAAAUCGUGCUUAUUGCUACAGUUUACAGACAAGAGGUUUCAGCCUGUGCAUGACCUUACUAUUGGUGUAGAGUUUGGUGCUCGAAUGAUAACGAUCGAUAGAAAACAGAUAAAACUUCAGAUAUGGGAUAUGGCAGGACAAGAGUCCUUUCGCUCCAUCACAAGGUCAUAUUACAGAGAAGCAGCAGGUGCUUUACAAGUAUAUGAUAUUACAAGGAGAGAUACAUUCAACCAUUUGACCACCUGGUUAGAAGAUGCCUGCCAGCAUUCUAAUUCCAACAUGGUCAUUAUGCUUAUUGGAAAUAAAAGUGAUUUAGAAUCUAGAAGAGAAGUUAAAAAAGAAGAAGGUGAAGCUUUUGCAAGAGAACAUGGACUUAUCUUCAUGGAAACUUCUGCUAAGACUGCUUCCAAUGUGGAAGAGGCAUUUAUUAAUACAGCAAAAUAAAAUUAUGAAAAAAUUCAAGGAGUAUUUGACAUUAAUAAUGAGGCAAAUGGCAUUAAGAUUGGCCCUCAGCAUGCUGCUACUAAUGCAACACAUGCAGGCAGUCAGGGAGGACAGCAGGCAGAAGGAGGCUGCUGCUGAGUCUGAUUUUACUGUCUUAACUGCCUGCAUGGGGCCUCCUCACUUGUUCUUUCACCCUUUAUCCUCCUGCUCAGCUGAGACAUGAAACUAUUGGAAAUGGCUUUGUGUCACAGAAGACUUUAAUCUUUCAAAUUCUUGUAUAACUUUGAAUAAAUGGUUGAUGUUCACUAAAAGAGACAAAUUUUGGAGAUUGCAUUCAUAUCUAUUUACAUUUGAUUUCUAGGUCAACUGAUGUGAUUAUUUUUGUUAAAUGUUGUCUCGUGCCCUUGACUACAAACUGAAUUGUAUUAAACACUACAAAGUCA